AUGGGUGGCUCAGGCCGGUGCUCGGGGCGUGUGGAGAUUCUCCACCAGGGCGCCUGGGGCACCGUGUGCGACGACCUGUGGGACCUGAAUGAAGCCGAGGUUGUGUGCUGGCAGCUGGGGUGUGGGCAGGCUGUUUCCGGCCCUGGCGAGGCCCACUUUGGCCCAGGCUUGGGAGACAUCUUCCUGGACAACCUCCAGUGCACUGGGGUAGAGCACUACCUGGGCCAGUGUACCCACUUGGGCUGGUCAGAGCACAACUGUGGCCACCACGAGGUUGCCAGUGUCAUCUGCUCAGAUGUGGAAGACCUACCUCCACCCACACCUCCAGGUUCUUCUACAGCUUCUCAGGAUCACAUAAAAGGAGGAAGUAACUCUUGUGGAGGGGUCAUUUCUAGUCUCUCUGGCUUAUUUUCUAGUCCACAGUAUCCAGAAAACUACCCAACAGACAUCCAGUGUGUUUGGGAGAUCCACAUGGAUACAAAAUUUCGCAUAGAACUCAUAAUUCCAGGUUUGAAGGUUAUACAGUCCAAAGAUAGAUGUCUUUAUCAUCUCCAUUAG